CAUUCACAAGCUUGCAAAAUCUGAUGCAAGUUUGUUAUGCUUCACAUUUUAAAGCUGCAACUCGCUCUCUCUCUGGGUUCUUCACAGGGUUUGGUGGACAAGAUGAUUUCAUGUUUGAAAAAGAAAAGGAAAGCAAAAGAGGAGACACCAUUUAUGAAGAAUGGAAGGCUAUUAUUAGAGGAGCUAAUUGCCUUUUGCAAUGGAAAAAGCAAUCCUAUCCGUGUCUUCUCUGCUAAAGAGCUCAGAAAAGCAACAAACAACUAUGACCAACGUCAAUGUAUUAUGUGGGAUAGUGAUUUCAAAUUAUACAAGGGUUCUCUGGAAGACCGCUUACUUUCAGUUAAAAAAUACCACACAGAAGAAGAAAGAUUUUCUGUUCUGGAAGACGUUACGCUUGGCAUUAUUAAGGACAUUGUGGUGGGAUCGCAAAUGAGUGUCUGCCAAAAUGUUCUAAAACUCUUAGGAUGCUGCUUAGAGACCAAAUAUCCAACUCCAGUGUAUGAAUUUGUGGGGGAUAAGGUUCUCUCCAAUUUUAUCAUUCCAACUGGGAUAGUCCACUUUGAGCCCUUAACAUGGAAAUGCAGGUUAAGGAUCGCAAUGGGCAUAGCUAAUGCGGUUGCAUAUCUCCAUACUGCAUUCUCCAGGCCUGUUGUCCAUAGAGAUGUUAGGUCAGCCAUCAUUAUAUUAGAUGAGAAUAAUGUUGCCAAACUGAUUGAUUUCUCUCUCUCAAUAUCUAUUCCUGAAGGUGAACAAUAUGUAGAAGAUGCAGUACGUGGCAGACUGGGGAAUCUUGCACCUGAAUAUGUACUUACAGGCUAUAUAACUGAGAAGGUAGAUGUGUAUACUUAUGGUGUGCUUCUACUUGGGCUUUUGGCUGGAUGGAUGUUGAAAACUCCAGAAUGCAUAAGUACGGAGGCCAGUUUACCAAUGUUUGUGAAGUCAUAUCAUGACCAAAAUCGGUUGAUUGAAAUCGUAGAUCCGAUGUUACUAAAAGAAGGAAUUAAUCAUGAACAAUUUCUAGCUUUUGCACAGAUUGCCUUGAGUUGCAUCUCUGAUACAGCAGAAGAUAGGCCAACAAUGAUUGAUGCGGCAAAACAACUCAGGAAAAUUUAUGAGUCUGUCUCGCCUCCUUAG